AUGCUUAUCCCAUCCUUCGCCCGCCUCGCCACCAUCGGCCUCACAUGCUCAGUCGCGGUAGCCCUUGCUGUUCCCGUUGAAGUUCGCGGCCGGGACGCCGCUGCCGACUUGACGCUCCGCUCUGGAGAUGCUGCUACCGGCGCCGCACUACCCGCCGACGCCACGGUCGACGACCUGAACCUCCUGGAGGAGAGGGGCAAGAAGAAGAAGAAGGGCAAGAAGGGCAAGGCCGAGGCCAAGCCUGCCGAUGUCCCGCCUCCUCCCCCGCCCCCCGCCGUCCCGGUGGCUCCCAAGCCCGGCGCCCUCAUCGCCCCGCAGCCCGGCAUCCCCGUGGCUCCCGUCCCCGGCGUCCCGGCGGCUCCCAUCCCCGGCGCCCCGCUGGCCCCCAGGUCUGCGGGUGGGGUUGGUGGGGUUGGUGGAGUUGGUGGCGUCCCCGCCGGCGGUGUCGUCGUGCCUGCCGUCCCAGCUGGCGGCGUCGUCGCCGUGCCCGUCGGUCCGGGCGCCUUCGGCCCUGGCGUCGUCCCGGGUGCGUACGGUCCCGGAGUUGUCCCCGGCGCAUACGGACCCGGCGUCGUUCCUGGUGCAUUCAGGCCCGGCAUCGUCCCGGGUGCGUACGGUCCCGGAGUCGUUCCCGGCGCUUUCGGGCCCGGCAUAGUCCCGGCGGCGGCGUACGGGCCUGGUGUUGGCCCGGGCGGAUUCGGCCCAGGCUUUGUCCCCGGCGCCUACAGGCCAGGCAUCGUCCCCGGCGCAUACGGGGGUGCCGUUGUGCCCGUUGUCUCGGGCGGCGUCCCUGUGCUGGGGGGCGGCAGCCCGCACUACAAGAAGGUCGCCGAGCAGGAUGAGGUCGAGAAGAUGGACGAGGCCGAAGAGCAGACCGCCGAGGCCUUCGAGGAGGACGCGGCCGAGUGGGAGGAUGAGGAGUAG